AUGACCACUCCCAACUCUCCGGAGGCAGUGGCCGAUUCGGCUAACGGCUCCGCCACCGCGUAUGGCACGCGAUCGAGAGGUCGGAAUGCCCCUCGGCCAAAUUACGCGGAGGACCGUGACCUGGACGCGGACAUUGAUCUCUCCGCGCCAAACUCAAAGUCAGCCAAAAGAAAUAGCGGCACACCCAACAACGCCAACGGCGCUAAUCUCGAUGAGAAGACCUCGUCGGCGCCACGUAAGAGCCUGAGCAAUGGCCAGAACGCAAAUGGAGCAAAAGAUUCUAUUCCUGGCACCUCUUCAUUUUCCGCCAGACCGGAUGAUGUGAAUGGAUCUAAUUUGAGAAAACGCAAACAACCCGCCAGCACGCCAAGCUCAACUCCCAACUCGGGCGGUGCGGUGAAGAAGAUAUUUACCUCCCCUCCAGGCGAUUCCGAGGGGGGGGAUUUCACCAAUAUGGUGAGCUUCGAAAACUCGGGGCCCUAUCUGAAAGAUGGCCAAUUAAUAGCCGAUGAUGGCACCACUUUUGCCCUCAAUGACCAUGUUUAUUUAAUUUGCGAACCUCCGGGUGAGCCAUAUUAUCUAGCCCGCAUCAUGGAAUUUCUUCCAUCCAAAACCAAGCCGGGUGGCUUCAUUGAGGCUAUGAGAGUCAACUGGUAUUAUCGCCCACGAGAUAUUCAGCGCCAUUCUCCAGACACUCGGUUUCUGUUUGCUUCAAUGCACUCCGACACCUGCCCUCUUUCUUCACUACGGGGCAAGUGUGAUAUUCGGCAUGUGUCAGAGAUCGAGGACCUUAGUGCUUAUAAGAAGACGAGAAACUGUUUCUGGUAUGACAAAAUGUUCGACCGGUAUAUCCAGCGUCUUUACGAUGUCAUUCCGACUAAAGAUAUCAUUAAUGUUCCGGGGAACGUCAAGAAGGUUCUCGACGAACGCUGGAGAUUCAUUCUUGUUGAGAUCGGCAAGGGAAAAGAAUUGACGGGUGCCGUCAAGACUUGCAAACGAUGCUGUUUGUACGCUGCACACAACGAAUCAGUUGACUGUGCAGUUUGCAAUUCAACAUAUCACAUGCAUUGUGUACGGCCCGCCUUGACCAAGAAACCGGCUCGAGGCUUUGCUUGGGCUUGUGCCGCUUGCAGUCGCGCCCAGGAGCGCAAGCUCGAAGCACGCAACACACCAUUAACUGGCAGCAUCCGAACCGAUGGCGAGGAUGUGAUAAUGGAAGAAGAGGAGGAAGAGGAUCCUAAUCAUGCGAAUGGUACAGCAAAUGGUACCUCUGUCAGCACCCCAGGAGCCGAGGAAAAUUCCAUGCCUCAGCCCGCAACCGCGGAACAGAUCGCACACGCUAAAAUGUGGCCUUACCGGUACCUGGCUCACGUCUCAGGAACUCGACACCAGGCGAUGGUCCCCCCCUGGCCAGGCCGCGCUGUAGAAUACGUGAAGCCACUUGAUGCGAAGAAGAAAUCAAAAAAGGACGGCAAACUCUCCAAGGAUGCGCAGGCAGCAAUGGAAGCUGCAAAGCACGAAAGGGCAAACCGACCGAAGUGGGUUCAAGAUGAGCCAACGGGCUAUGUGCAUCGUGGUCUGGAUGAACCGGUCGCAAUCAAUGGAAAACAGGCGCGCACAGCCGAACUUCAAUUCAAAAUGCCCACUGCUGAUCAGAUCCCCGCCCGCGGCGAAGAUGAUGCACCUGGCUCUCAUUUGAGCGAUGCGGAUCGAGAAAAGUUCAUCGACGACUACAUGCGCCAAGCCAAGGAACUGGCCCCUGCUAUUGGAGUUGAGAAAUACUCCACGAAUUUCCUCGACAGAGCCCUUGCACUUCUUUACUCUGAGAACUUCGAUGUCCAGGCUGCCCUUGCUAAGCUGAAGAAAACCAACAAGUACAAGGAUCUUAAAGAGCCCCACAUUCGGCCAGAGGAGCUCAAGCUAUUCGAACAAGGUGUCGCCAAAUAUGGAUCCGAAUGGCGCAAUAUCAUGAAGCACGUCAAGACUGUCCCUAUCUAUCAGAUCGUCCGUUUCUACUACAUACGUGGCAAGAAGGAGGUUCGCCGCCACAGUGUAGUUUCAUCUAAACUACUUGAUGAUGUGGCCGAUGAUCAUGAUGAUUCCGCCUUUGACUCCGAGAAAGCCGUUGUCCAGAAGCGUGGAUUCCAUUGCAAGUUCUGCUCCACCCGCCAUUCGCGACAGUGGCGCCGUGCACCUCUAGUUCCACCAGGCACCGUUAUUCCGUCUGAGCCGUCAAACAAGAAAGACAAGGGCCCUAUGCUGACCGUUGCGCUUUGUCUUCGCUGUGCUUUGCUAUGGCGGAAAUACGGGAUCCAAUACGAGGAUGUUGACGAGCUUGCAAAGAGGCUCGCAAGCAGCGGUAACAAGUCAUGGCGACGCCGCAUCGACGAGGAAAUGCUCGCGCAACUGAUUGUAGCUACCGAAACCCCGUUCGUGAUCACACCGGCUACGGCAACUACGGCUACCGCGAUGGGAAUUCCGCUUGAUACAAACCCUCGACUUUUGAUGGAAGGAAAGGCAGAACCAAAAGUGGAAGGCAAGGUGGACCCGACGAAAAAGAAGGUCAAGGAAACCCCCGCACCUUCAACUGCGACAUCUGUGGAACCUAUGCCGAAGAAGAAGACAGUCCCCGAGAAAGUCGUGGAAGCUCCACCGAUUGUUCCCGACCCGCCAAAGGCCAAGACUCUCCCUUGUUCAAUCUGCAACCAAGUUGAACCUUCGGGCGAAGAGCAUCUUUCGUGUCGGGAUUGCCGUCUUACGGUCCAUCGCAAUUGCUAUGGUGUACGAGAUUCGCGCCCCGGCAACAAAUGGCUGUGUGAUAUGUGCUCCAACGACCGCACUCCCUCGAUUUCUACAAACUACACAUGCGUUCUUUGCCCAGUCUCAUGGACCGAGCACGACCUUAUGGAAACGCCCAAGAGCAACUCCCGGAAGAAGACUGAGCGCGACAAGGAAAAGGAGCGCAUGGAGAAGGAGAUGGUGGCCGAGGCGAUCAAGCUCUAUCGCCAGCGGCAGGAGGCCGUUGGCAAGCCUGUUGGUCCUCGGGAACCCCUGAAGCGUACUGCAGGCAACAACUGGGCCCACGUGCUUUGCACCUUGUGGACCCCGGAGUUGAAAUACGGCGAUGCAGAGGAGCUUGAGCCUGCGGAAGGAUUCGGAUCUAUUCCCAUGGAGCGGUGGCGCGAGACGUGCAAGGUCUGCAAGUCAAGUAAGGGCGCAUGCGUUCCAUGUAGCUUUGCUGGCUGCAAUGCUCACUUCCACGUGGGCUGUGCUUUCCAAGCACACUACCGGUUCGGCUUUGAUAUCACGCCCGUCAAGAGCUCGCGCCGCGACAGCAUGCGAGCUAUCCGUCUAGGCGAAGAUGUUGGAGCAGCGACACCUGCUGUUUACUGUCCAAACCACAACGUGCAGACUGUUCUGCACGCAAUCGGUGAGCAGACAAACCAGGGCCAUCUAAACGCUCUCCAAUUAUUCGCCCAGACCUACAAGCAGGCCGAUCUUACCCUUACUGGAACCGUUCGCAAAGCGGCGUACUUGCAUCAAUCUGUUGGAGCCCCUCCACACCCUUCCACCAAUGUGAACCGCCGGGUUUCGACGAGUACCACGCCAGCUUCGAAGGACAUUCACAAAGUUCAACCAGUUUUAGAGGAGGUGGCUGAAGAUCCUAUGGACAUUGAUACUGACAACCAUGUUGCACCGCGACCGGCUGCUCCUGGCGUGGAGACCAACCGUCAAUGCGUCCGUUGUGCCACCGGCUUUAGUCCCAGGUGGUGGGCCAUUGGGCGACGACCUCCUAUGGUCAAUGGCUCGGGGCUCCCCCAUCAUCCGCCUCAAGGUGCCUUCCCCCAACAUAAUGGAGAUCCUUGCGAACUGGCAUACGAAUGUCAUAAAUGCCACUUGAAGAAUCCGGCGCCUCCUCCCCCUCCGCCUGUGCCAGAGCCUACGCCCGACCAACGGCCUUCGCCUUACUCUGCUCAACGUCCCAUGAUACCCACUUCACGAAUGCCCGCUCAUGCAGGUCAUGCGGGCCAUGCAGGCCAUGCAUUUUUGCCGCACCCACAUCCUCACCCACACCCGCAUCCUCCUCCUAGCGGUGUGCUUGGGCGCCCGAUGCCUCCUGCUCACCCACCCAGCGGACUCCCGGGACCAGGAUACACUGGACCAUACGAGCAACGUCAUACGGCCGAUAUCGGUCUUCGCAACGGCAUGUCGCCGUCUCCUUAUCCCCCGACACAGCCACCUGCCCAUCAUAUGAAUAACUAUCCGCCACCCCAUCCCGCAGGACCACCACCUCAACACUAUACCAGCGCUGGCCCUUCGGGACCGCCGCCGCCGCCGUAUUCCACCCACCAGAGCCCAUAUGGCCCUGUGCCGGCCCGCUCGCCGCAUCUUUCGCAGCCACCGCCGCGAUCAUAUGCAGCAUCUGCGUCCCCUCCAAUCGUGCAAGCAACGAUGGUCAACCGAUCACCCCAGACCUCGCUGAGCGCUCUUAAUGGUGGCCCACCUCCUCGCAUGUACUCUGUCGAGCGUGUGGUAGCAGCCCCCUCUCACUCACCACCGGUGACGCAGGCACGUAUGGAUCCGCGGGCGCCAACCGCCACUCCUCCCACUCGACCGGAAGAUACACCACCUUCUCUGAUGGGCGGGCCACCAGGCAGUCGAAACCCCGGGGUCAAUGGCACAGCGGCUGGGACCGGAGCGAGCGCAAGCCCAUCGCUGAAGAACCUUCUCUCAUAA